CCCCGAAGGAGAACUUUUUAAAAUCUGAUUUAUUUUUAUAUUUUAUCGCAGAUAUGCAUCGUGAUGUUCAAGGUUUAAUUACUAAGGUUGGGAUAGGGGGACAAACAGCGGAGAGUGUGAGAGCAGCUUGUAGGAAAUGUGGUUAUGCUGGACACUUGACCUACCAAUGUCGAAACUUUAUCAAAUCAGAUCCGCAGAAAGAUGUGGUCCUGGAUGUCAGUAGUACCAGUUCUGAGUCAGAAGAGGAGUUUGUGUCACCACUCACACGGCUAAGUCAGAAGGAGAAGUCAAAGAAGAAAAAAAGUGAUGGGAAGAAAAAGAAAAAGCACAAGAAGGAAAAAAAGAAGGAAAGAUCCAGAUCGCGGUCACCUGUUGAUCGACAGUCCCACAAAAAGAAGAAAAAAUAUCGUAGCCAUAGCAGCAGCAGUGAUUCAGAUGACUCGUCAGACUCUGUCAUUGAAUCAGAAUCGGAGGAAGAGAGGCAUUCCAGAAAAUCCAGAAAACGACAUCACAAACGUUUCAAGCAUAAAACAUCCAAACAUUCUGACCCCAGUGACUCAGCCAGUGAUGGCUCGUGGCAUGACCAGGCUCAUCGUUAUCAUGGAGAAAAGACAAGGAGCAAGGCAAGGUAUUCCAGCGAUGAAGAACCUGGCUAUUCCCCGACCAAAUCUUAUGAGAGUGGAUCUGAUGGCUCAAAUCACAAACACAGAAAAUACAAGAAAUCUAAAAAGAAGAAAAAGUAUUAAGAUCACAUAUAAACAUGUUUACUAAUAGCAGCCCAACCCUGUAGUAUACUAUAUGGUCAAUCAGUGUGAAAAUUUGUGUUUUUCCUCUGCAUAAUGAAAUCUUUGAUUUAAGGACCAUAGGCCUAUUCCACAAAGCAGCUUCGACUUAAGACAUAAUUUAAUAACUCUUUAUAAUGCUUAGUAUUUGGUACUGGAAGUUGCAAUUUGAACAUAUAUGUCUUAAGGUAAAACUGGUAAGGUCGACAAAACUUCAGUUUCUGAGGUCCAAAAAUAAGCUUUAAGGCCGUUUUUCAAAUUUUGGCUAAAGUCAGAAAAAGCUUUCUGUACUUGGUCCAAGAAGUCCUUGAUUCUGGUCAUAAAUAUGAAAGCAUCGAUCAAAAAUACUAGUAAAUAACCAAGGCCCUAGAUUUCUGACAAACACUUUCACUUGACCUAUGCUUGAUACAUGAAUCAUUUUAACAUGGUCAUAUACAUUUUGUCUUGUUUUAUCAGUUUUAACUUGACAUGAGCAACAUUUUUAAAUCGUUUCUCUUCUACCAUACUUGUCAGUCUCUCAUUUUAUAUUUUUAAAUUUCAUCUGUCAACUUAGCUGUUUCAUGCCAUGCUUCUAGAAUGUUUAAUAACCGUCAUUCAUAAUGCAAACUGUCAUUGUGUUUUUUGUUUUAUGUUUAUAGACAUAUGUAUAUACAUGUAUUGUGAAUGUCCUAAUUAAAAUAAAAUGCACC